UUAGACACCCCCCCCCCCCUUCACUGCAAUGCAAAUCCAUCACUACAUCCAUAAAAAAGAAUGUUGAAAAAAGCUCACAUCUUCUUCUUCUUCCUGCUUUCUGUUGCUGUGUCUUUCCAUGCAGCAAAUGCACUGAAAAAUGAAUGUGAAUGUGGUUCAGACGGUGGCGGUGGUGCUCCGGCUGGGUCUCUGGUGAAUAUAAAUCAACGGCGUUCACUGGUUUCAACUGAGUAUGGAGAGGUCUGGUCCGUUGAUGUGAAUGAUGGACACGGGAGGCCUUACCAUAUCCAGUUCAUCACUUUGGAACCCGACUCGCUCUUCCUUCCGGUGCUUCUCCAUGCAGACAUGGUUUUCUAUGUCAACACAGGGAGUGGGAGGUUGAGUUGGACUGAUGAUGAUGAAAUUAGAAGGGUGGAUAUAAAGAGAGGUGAUCUCUAUAGACUCUACCCAGGCACUGUUUUCUAUGUACAAAGUAACUUAGAGACUGAGCGCCCGAAGCUGAGAAUUAAUGCAAUCUUUGCAAGCAACUCUGAUGAUGACUUAUAUGAUCCAGCAGUAGGGGCAUACUCCAGCAUUAGGGACAUAGUCCGAGGGUUUGAUCCGAAAUUGCUUCGGUCAGCCUUCAAGGUCUCUGAGGAAGUGAUAGAAUCAAUAGUAAAUGGAACAGACCAAUCUGCCAUUGUGCAUGCAAUUCCAACAAAGAAAGAAACUUUCUGGGAUUUGGAGGCUCGAUUCCUGAAAACGUUUCUACUAGGCAAUGAUGGCAUUGCAUUCAACAGUAAGAAGAAGACAACAACGUAUAAUAUUUUCGACGAGGAACCAGAUUUCGAGAAUUGCAACGGUUGGAGCCUAACUGUGAACAAAAAAACCUCCAACUUGUUAAAGGGAUCAAACAUUGGUCUUUUCAUGGUGAAUUUGACAAAGGGGUCAAUGAUGGGACCUCAUUGGAAUCCAAGGGCAACUGAGAUAGCAAUAGUACUACAAGGGCAAGGGAUGGUUAGGGUGGUUUGUUCAAGCACCGCAGUGAAGAAAUCGGAAUGCAGAAACAUGCGGUUUAGGGUUCAUGAAGGAGAUGUAUUUGCUGUGCCUAGGUUCCAUCCAAUGGCUCAGAUGUCAUUUAACAAUAACUCUCUUGUGUUCAUGGGGUUCAGCACGACAGAAAAGAAAAACAAACCUCAGUUUUUGGCUGGAAAAUACUCGGUUCUGCAGACUUUGGACAAACAGGUCUUGGCAGCAUCGUUUAAUGUUACCAACACAACGAUUGAUCAACUUCUGUCUGUGCAGCCCGAGUCGUUUAUAAUAGAUUGUACUUCUUGUGCUGAAGAAGAGGAGAAAGUGAUGUUGGAAGAGAUUAAAAAGGAGAGGGAGGAAGAGGAAGCUAAGAAGAGGGAGGAAGAGGAGGCUCGAAAGAGAGAGCAGGAGGAACAAGAGAGAAAGAGGGAGGACGAGGAAGCUAAGAAGAGGGAGGAAGAGGAGAGAGAGACACAAGAGGAAGAGAGAAAGAGGGAGGAGGAAGCAAGGAAACGAGAAGAAGAGGAAGCCACAAGAGAGCGAGAAGAGCAAGCAGCGAGGGAGAGAGGGGAGCAAACCGCGAGGGAGCGAGAGGAGCAAGCCGCAAGGGAGCGAGAAGAGCAAGUGGCAAAACAGCAAGAGGAGCAAGCCCCAAAGGAGCAAGAAGAGCAAGAGGCGACAAGGGAGAGAGAAGAACAAGAGGCGGCAAGGGAGCGAGAAGAGGAGGGUAGACAACAAGAAAAAGAGGGCAGGCAAGGAGAAGAUGAAAGAAGACAACAGGAAAAAAGGGAGAGGGAGAGGAGGCAACAAGAGGAGUGGAAAAGACGAGAGGAAGACGCGCGGAGGGAGCAGGAAGAGGCUCAGAGACAACAAGAAGAAGGGCAAGGAAGAGGAGAACAAACAGAGCAAGAGGGAGGAGGCGGAGGCUUCGACGCGGAGGAGGGAAGGAGAUAUCUGAGUGUCUUGAAGAUUUAACUGAGAUCUAGUUUCUCCAGUUAGCUCGGCUGUUCUGUCUCUUGAGUUUUGGUCUGCUGCAUGUUUUGUUCAUAGAAUAAUGUCUUGUGCUGGCUUUUAUAUUUGAAGUUUUGCUAUAUAUAAGUAAAGCUUGCAAUUCAACAUACUAAGUGCAAAAGUCAGCAAUUACUAUGUAUAUGGAAGACUGCAGCCCACUACUUCUGGAAGAUUA